CUAUGGAUUCUAGUCAUUGUAUGAAAUAGAUCCGAACAUGCAAGUUGUUCUUUAAUGUAUAAUAAGCCACACUUAUUUCAUAUAUUAUACCAUUAUUUAUUUCAUCAUAUUUCCAACAUCAUGUGGAUCAGUGAAUGUUUGUCUGAGUUCCACACGAUCUUCAUACUUUAGAGGGGCCUAGUUACGGCGCAGGGUGUUGCCCCCCAGUCUGUGGUACCUGAUGCAAGUAGGAGCGUGUUCGACGCCACCAUGCCCGAGGUAGACGCCGGGGUCAAGAGCGGGCAGGGUGUUGCCCCCCAGUCCGUGGUACCCGUUGCAAGUAGGGGCAUGCCCGACGCCGCCAUGCCCGAGGUAGACGUCAGGGUGAAGAGCGGGGUUCCCCCACGUCAUGGGGAACAAGCCGGUAAGAAGAAGAAAGAGGUUGCUGGUAUGCGGGGCAGGCUCGCUGCUCUGGCCGCAGAGGAGGACGCCAGGUUCCGGCCUUCGAGGACUGAAGUCAUUCCCUUCAUCGUGGAAAAACAACACGGGGCCCCUCUUGUUAACCAGCCAGCUCCUACCCUCAGUGCUUCAUCGAUUUUGGAUAUGGCGCGCUCUAUCAAAUCUUACAGCGCGGGGCUAAUGGACACAGCCGUCGCGCUUCAAACAAUAGGUCGUCGUCGCGAUGAGCUCCAACACCAGGCUGACGAGGCUCACCGUCACUCGGUUGCCGUUCAGCGUCGGGCGGACGAAGCAACAGCUGCUCUGUCCGAGCUCCAGUCAAAAUAUGACUUCCUACAAUCGAAGUAUGAUCGACUGCAAGCAUCGUUCACGGAUGCGGGGCGUCAGGCAGUUGCGGCAUUUCAAACAUCCCCGGAAUUUUCAAAAAUCAUCGCUUCGAAGCUGGAGGCUCACCGCUCAGAGCAGGUCCAAGCAUGGUUGAAAACCGAGGAGGGUCAACUUUGGCGGGAUAAAGAAAUUCUCAUGUCCUUCAGGUGUGGCCGAUAUGACAUGCAGACCACGUUGUACAAUAGGCUGGCAGAGUUCUAUCCCGACUUCGAUCCCGAAAAAUUUGGUUUGCCCGAAAUCAUGCCAGAUCCUGACGGGGCCAACGAGCAAGCGAACGAUUUGUCCCUUUUGCACUUGGAUAUUCCAGAUGACUUGGAAGAUGCCGUUCAUGGCUUUGAUUUUGAGACUAUCCUCAAUGGUGUUCCUGAGAACAUGCCUGAUCCUUAGAUCGUAGAUAUGGAUCUCUUAUAUUGUCGUCUUUAUUCUCAUUUUUGUUGGAUAUUCCGCUUUACAUUCCGCACUUGUGUUUUUAUUUAUUCUCACACUUAGCCAUAUAAGCUUUCCUCUUUGCGCAACUUUGCACCCGUGUCAUGGUUCAUCUUUUCCAUUCAUUUAACCAUUUUUGAUUCGAGACCACUUGGGGAACUAGUCGGGG